GUGGUGGAUUUUUGCUCUACUGAAUUCUGUGAAAUUCUUUCAAGAUCCUUUUAGGCAUCCCUUUGUUUUACUUCCCCCGAGGGGAGGCAAUGUAUCAGAGCCAGCUCGCUGUUUAACUAAUGUCUCACAGGUAGGAGGGAGGAAGAAAAAACAGGGUAGGGAGAGUGCGUCACAUUGGAGGAGGGGAGCAAAGAAAAAUGAGCUUUCUUAGACAAAUCAUGUGCAGAGGGACAGGCUGCCAGGGCUCAGGCAAUUCCCUGCGGGGGCUCUGCUCUGUUCGCUGCUGGCCACGAUGGAGGAAGAAGCUGGAGUGCUGAAGGAAGGCUUCCUCGUCAAGCGGGGACACGUUGUUCGUAACUGGAAAGUGAGGUGGUUUGUUCUGCUUCAGGAUAAGCUGCUGUAUUACAAAAUUGAAGGAGGCAAGAAGGAGCCUUCUCCAAAGGGCAGGAUCCUUUUGGAUGGCUGCACUAUUACUUGUCCAUGCCUGGAAUAUGAGAACAGACCGCUACUCAUCAAACUAAAGACAAAAACCAAUACAGACUAUUUCCUUGAAUGUUGCUCCAGGGAGGAACGUGACUCUUGGGCUUUGGACAUCACUGGAGCUAUUCAUGCUGGUCAUCCAGUGCAGGUACAAGAACUUCACAAAAUGAAGAACUCUUUCAAACUGCUAGAAAAUAUCAGCCUCCACAACAUAGUGGAGAGAAUGUAUGACAGCAGUACUGGAAUCAAGCUGACCCGCAAUUUGGAUCAAGGCAACAGAUAUAAAGAGACCUUCACAGGUUCUGCCCUGGUGGACUGGCUCAUCUCCAACAGCUUUGCUGUGUCACGAUUUGAGGCCGUCACCUUGGCAUCCAUGCUGAUGGACGAGAACUUCAUCAGGCCCGUGGGAGUCCGCAGCACCGAGGCCACGCGCUCCAGCGACCUCUCGGAGAAGUUCCUCGACGACUCCACCGCACUGUACAUGUUUGCUGAGAGCAGUAAGAAAAAUACCAGUUCUAAGGAAGAGGUGCAUUUUAACAUCUCAGAAUUAAGUGGCACAAUUGUGAAGCAAGGAUUCUUAGUGAAACAGGGGCACAAGAGGAAAAACUGGAAGGUGAGAAAAUUUGUUUUGAGAGCUGAUCCUGCUUUUUUGCACUACUAUGAUCCCACCAAGGAAGAUAACAAACCAGUAGGUGGAUUCUCUCUUCGUGGGUGUCUUGUCUCAGCUCUGGAGGACAACGGAGUCCCAGCAGGAGUGAAGGGCAAUGUGCAAGGCAACCUUUUCAAAAUCAUCACCAAGAAUGACAUUCAUUAUUACAUCCAGGCCAGCUCCAAGGCAGAGCGAGUGCAGUGGAUUGAGGCAAUCAAACCACUGACAUGAGUAAUGUGGAUUCCAUGCCAAAUGACAAACCACAUUUAUGACCAAGUUCAUG